AUGAAAAAGUUCUGGGAAAGGUGGUCAAAGGAUCUCAUACUAUGCCAAGCAAAAAAGGUGUUCUUACCUCAUUCAAGAAACAAAUCUAUCGAGAUCAAGCUUAUGCGAAAGUGUUUGAAGGCACACUAUCAAGGUGUCUCAUUAAACAAGAACAGCAAGAUGGUGUAUUUCUAUGGCGAUGCUAGUUCUGGAACUAAUUCUCGAAUCAAGGGUCAUCUUCGACGAGGUCACACCAAACUCCUGAAAGAAAUUGGUCAAGGAUCAUAUGUUGCGAUCACACCUAAAUUCCGCACAUCAAAAUUAUGCUGCUUUUGUCAUGAACCACUGAUUCAUCCAAAGAAGUUUAAGAAGGAUCGCAAAUGA